CGGUAAAUGACGCCUUAUUUGUGCGACACGUUGACGUUGUGUUUAUGAACAGCAGCCGCAGCAGAGAGUGAAGUGUUGGUGGUGAGGAAUAGUUCGGCCUGUGCUCGUUUUCAAACCGGUCGGUCAGUCGGUCAAAAAGGUACACAAGCAGAGAAUGUCUGUUGCAGCUCUACGUUUGAUCCGCUGUCGGAGACUGAGCACAGCUGGGUCACCUGGAGUGAAGAAAGUGCUUCAGUGGAAAGACUUGAGAACGGUUGCCAAAGUAACUGGUGCAGUUUUUUUAGGGGGCUGUAUUUUUAUUACAUAUGAGGUUGUAGCCUUGGACAAGGCUGUGACAAUUGACACCAGUGCAAUUUUCCAAGAGAAGUACAAGUCUUACAUUUAUCUAAAAGCCACUUCCUCCGAUGAAAAGGAGAACCUUGCAGCAGGGCUUACAUACAAAGCAAGGAGGGAACUUCACAGAGCAGCACGACGGUUUCUGGAAUUAUCCUCCAGGCUUUUGCUACAUUCACUGGAUGAGCACUUUACCCAUGUAGAUGCAGACCCACAUGAGGUGGCGAUGUGGGUCCUGCUGAAGAGAACACAGUCGGCAAAUAAAGCCGACAGACUACAGGCUAUACAGGAGCUUGCAGAUAAUCACCACUGGCAUGACUACCAGUACCGCACAGCAGCACAGGUCAUAGACCAGCGAACAGCAGUGGGCCUGGCCCGGAUCCCUCAGGUAGACCUGCGGUUCUUCCUGCCACCACCCAUGCUGCCUGACCUGGAAGAUGGUUUGUCACUAGAGGACGGACUGAGGAAGCUGCUGGCGUCUCUGCCUCAGUCUGAGGUGGACAAAUGUGUUCAGUACUUCACUUCACUGGCCCUCAGAGAAAGCACUCAGUCCAUGGCAGCACAACGGGGCGGUCUUUGGUGUUUUGGUGGCAAUGGACUGCCGUACACCCAGAGCCUCACCUCUGUCCCCUCAGAGAAGGUGGAGUCCUUCUGUGUGCAGGCACUGGUACAGCACUCGAAGGUCCAGAGCCACUGUGACCACAUAGUUGCCAAUGGGGGCCUGCAGCUCCUCCAGAGGGUUUAUCGGCUCCGUAGAGACUCCCUGAAGAUUCAAAGGAACAUCAUUCGAAUCAUAGGAAACUUGGCGCUACACGAGAGCGCUCACCAGGCUAUAGCCCAGUCUGGAUGGGUGUCCGUCCUGGCAGAGAUGAUGCACUCUCCUCAUGUCAUGCAGGCAUCUCACGCAGCUCGCGCUCUGGCCAACCUGGACAGGGAGACUCUAAAAGAGAAAUACCAAGACGGCGUCUACAUCCUCCAUCCACAAACACGUGGCAAUGAGCCAAUCAAAGCAGACGUGCUGUUCAUCCAUGGGAUUCUAGGGGCGGCUUUUAAAACAUGGCGGCAGAAGGACCGCAAUACGUUAGAUGAAGAGAAGGAGUCAGGCAGCUGGGGCGACUAUACAGAGUGCUGGCCAAAGUCUUGGUUGGCGGCUGACUGUCCAAAUCUGAGAAUACUAUCUGUGGAGUACGAUAGUCACCUCAGUGACUGGGUGGCCAAGUGUCCUGCUGAAAAUCAGAGGAAGUCUUUGGCCUACAGAAGUCAAGAGCUGCUUAAGAAAUUAAAGUUGGCUGGUGUUGGAGAGAGGCCUGUGGUCUGGGUAGCCCACAGUAUGGGAGGGUUACUGGUUAAGAAAAUGCUGCUGGAUGCCUCGGAGGACCCGGACAUGCAAGGGCUGUUAAAAAACACCAAGGGCAUCAUGUUCUACAGUGUUCCUCACCGUGGUACCUCCAUGGCGGAGUACUCUGUCAGUGUCAGAUAUCUCCUCUUUCCCUCUGUAGAAGUCCGAGAACUCUGUAAAGACUCCCCAGCGCUGCGGAACCUGAACGAGAACUUCUUGAAUAUGGCCAAACAAAGGGAAUUCAAGGUGCUGAGCUUCGCAGAGACACUGCCAACAAACGUCGGUCCCAUGAUUAAGAUACUGGUGGUACCAGCACAAUCAGCAAAUCUAGGCAUCGGGGAGAUCAUCAAGGUGGAUGUAGAUCAUCUCAACAUCUGCAAGCCAGAGAGGAAGGACUCGUUCCUGUACAAACGCAGCCUCCAGUUCAUCCAGGAAGCACUGCACAGCUACAUCAGCCGCUGACUGGAAUACAGUCUGUGAACACAAAAACACUGAUAGAACCUACUACAUACUUGAAACUGAGAAGAGCACUGUCACUCACCAACAUCCCCGAACCAAAUAGAAACAUAACUGCCUCUCCUUGUUCCACUUAUAAAAACAAAUUAGUUUGAUCAUAGUUUGUCAGCUGUGAAGAUGUUUUGUUCUCCUACUCAUUUUCCCAGUAUGGUUUGUCUCACUAAUUACUAAUCAGAAACAUGUUUAACAUUAUUUUUUAAGUUUAGUUUUUAAAGAUUUUAAUUAUAUUAACUUAUUUGUCACCCUAUUCAUUUUUUGGGAGCCCCGUUUUAAGAUGUUUUAAGACUUUAAGAUGCAGUCAUGCCAUUUCCACUCACACGCAUUACAUUUUUAACUAGAUCAACCAGUUUAUUUUUUUGUAAAUAUAUUUAUAUUUGAUCAUAAUUACAGUAUUACAGACAUAUUCUGUGCCAAACCAUAUUCCUCACUGAGCCUUACUAUAAAUGGACCUGUUGUGAUAUUAGUUUUGUUCGCUUUUUAUUUUGUUUUAUUUUUAAGGGACUAAUCAAACAAUAGGUUCUUAAUCUCCAUGUGUGUUUGUGGUCCAAACUUCCACUGAUGAUGCAGACAAAGAAUAAAUCUUGUCUACAUA